UUUGUUUCUCAUUUAUUUAUCCCGUUCCCAAAAGAAAACAUAGCCUUAGGCAUUUCUCAUCGAGCCUCCCUACUGAUCGGUGUAACAAAGACAGAGAAAGACGGACACAUCACAGACAGAGAGUGCGCGAGUAAAUUAGGAAGGUAAACACCCUAAACGAUGUCGUCAAUGGAGGAGGAAUCGCGAAACUGGCAUGACAUGCCUCGCGAUGUUACACUGAUGAUUUUGAUGAAAUUAGAGGCCGUAGAAAUCCUCGGAACCGCACAAUUUGUUUGUAAAUUGUGGUAUAAUAUUUGCAAAGACCCAUCAAUGUGGCGCACUGUUGUGAUGCACAAUCUGAAUGAGCCUGAAAUGGCUGAAAAACACGAGCAAAUGUUGUGCAGUGCUGUUGAUCGUAGCUCUGGUGGUUUAUACAAUGUCGACAUUGAGGGUUUUGGUCGGGAUGAACUUAUCACCUACAUAAUACAGCGAUCAAGUCAGCUCAAACACCUCCGUCUUGCAUGCUGCUAUUCAGUUUCGGCCGCUGCACUUAUUGAAGCUUUUGAAAAGCUUCCUUUACUUGAGGAGCUUGAGCUUACUCUGUGCCCAUUCACAGGAGAGCAAACCAUAAAAAUUAUUCAUUGUUGCCCCACCCUCAGAACUUUUAAAUUGAAUGAGCAAGGAUCUAGAAAUCCUACUUUGGCAUGUGAUGAUGAGGCUAUGGCCAUUGCAGAAAGCAUGCCUGAACUGCACCACCUUCAGCUAAUUGGAAAUAGCAUGACAAAUGAUGGUCUGAAAGCAAUUUUGGAUAAUUGUCCUCAUCUUCAGUCCCUUGAUCUUCGUGCAUGUUUUAACGUGAACCUUGUUGGGAAUUUGGCAAAGAGAUGCUCUGAACAGAUCAAGGAUUUACGGCGUCCCUAUGACUCGACUGAUGACUACAUGUAUCUUACUACAGAUUAUGAUAGUGAUUUUGAUGAAACCUAUGCGGAUGAAUACGACGACAUGGACUUUGUGUCUGAUGAUGACUACUAUGAAUUCUCAGAUGAUAAUGAACUCCCUGACUAUGCAGAUAUUUUCGAUUGAUCCCGUUCUCUUUGAAACAGCUCUUGUUGGAGGAAAAGCGUACAAUGCAAGUCCUUUCAUUUUCACUGGCACUUGGUUAAAUUUUGCUUUCUCAUGAAUGCUUGUAACUUUGUGAUUCUGUGAAAACUUGUUGAAACUCUAUAACCUCCCCCCCCCCCCCCCCCGGCGUACUGUUAUAGGGGGAAGGCAAGAGUAUCAACAGGAUCAAACACUGGAGCAAAAAUGGUUUGAUGGUAGAUUAGUAGUACAACACAUAAUAAUAAACUUGGGAAACCCUAUUACCGUCUGUAGUAGAUGUUAUGACUGCUAGUUAUGUGUUUGUAACAGUGAAUAUUAUAUAUAUAGACUAUAGUUUAUGCUUCUA